GUCCGGCUCUACGUACUUACUCUAAGUACACGACGUGCACCACUAGCAAUGUUCACGGAGCAUGCAGAUUGAGCUCGGCGUCCUCGUGGGGAACCAUGGCGCUAGCAAUGCUCCUCGCCAUCUCGAGCUUCUUCAUUAUCUCUGCCCAUGCUUCCUCAGACAACUUCCUCCUGUGCCUCUCUAGGGCCAUACCCGAGCAGCUCCUCUUCACCCGGAGCUCGCCGCCGAUCGCGUCGGUCCUGGCGUCAUCCGUACGGAACCCGAGGUUCCUCACGCCGGCCACGGUGAGGCCGCUCUGCAUCGUCACGGCGACGAACGCAUCCCACGUCCAGGCCGCCGUCGUCUGCGGCCGCCGCCACGGCGUGCGCCUCCGUGUGCGCAGCGGUGGGCACGACUACGAGGGCCUUUCGUAUAGGUCGGCGCGCGCGGAGGAGCCGUUCGCUGUGGUCGAUCUCGUAGGCUUCCGCUCCGUUCGAGUCAACCGGCGAGAGGCCACCGCGUGGGUGGACUCCGGCGCGAUACUCGGGGAGCUUUAUUAUGCCAUCGCAAAGGUGAGCGGCCGUCUCGCAUUCCCGGCGGGAAUGUGCCCGACGGUCGGCGUCGGCGGCCACCUCAGCGGUGGCGGCUUUGGCAUGCUCCUGCGCAAGCACGGCCUUGCCACCGACCACGUCAUGGACGCCACGCUGGUCGACGCCAAGGGGCGGAUCCUGGACAGGAAGGCCAUGGGGCGGGACGUCUUCUGGGCCAUCCGCGGCGGGGGCGUUGGCGGGAGCUUCGGGAUCGUGCUGUCGUGGCAGGUGAAGCUCGUGGCCGUGCCGCCCACAGUGACGGUGUUCACCGUUGAAAGGUCCGUCGAGCAGGGCGCCGUCGAUAUCCUGGCCAAGUGGCAAGAGGUGGCCCCGUCUCUCCCCGACGAGCUGCUCGUGAGGGUGGUCGCUCAGGGACAGGUGGCCAACUUCCAGUCCCUGUACCUGGGCACCUGCGACGCGCUGCUGCCGGUGAUGAGCAGCCGUUUCCCGGAACUCGGUGUGGACCGGACGCACUGCAAGGAGAUGAACUGGCUACAGUCGGUGGCCAACAUCUUCCUCGGCGGCGGCGCCACCGUGGAGGACCUCCUGAAGCGGACCGCUUCCGGGGACACCGUCUUCAACAAGGCCACGUCCGACUACGUCCGACAAGCCAUCCCCAGGGACAUAUGGUUGCAGAUCUUCACCAGCUGGCUCGCGAGGCCAACGGCCGGGCUGAUGAUCCUGGACCCCUACGGUGGCAAGAUCGCCAGCGUCUCGGAAUCGGAGACGCCGUUCCCGCACCGCGCUGGUGUGCUGUACAACGUGCAAUACAUGAACUUCUGGGGAAGCGCCGGCGAGGAGGCGGCGCGGACGGGAUGGGUCAGGGACUUGUACGCGUUCAUGACGCCGCACGUGAGCAAGAACCCUAGAGAGGCGUACGUGAACUACAAGGACCUUUCGCUCGGCGCGAACGUCGUCGGCGGUGGCAACGUCACGAGCUUCGAGGCGGGCAGGGUGUGGGGCGAGAAAUACUACAAGGGUAACUUCAGGAGGCUGGCAAUGGCGAAGGCUCAGAUAGAUCCCAACGACUACUUCAGGAACGAGCAGAGUAUCCCGCCACUUGGUAACCAGAUCAUCUUGACAAAUGUGGCUCGCGUAGACCAUGCUGCUUGAUGAACUAUUCCAUUUUAUUCAGCUGUAUUUACACAUCCUGUUGUACUUAGUCGACAAUCUAUUGUGACUACAAGGACCGCACGUGAUUGAGUGCAUUAAUGGUGUUUCAUAUAUCGCAUCAAGGUUGUACGAAAAUAAAUUCCCUCAUGCAUGUA